GGUUCUCUUAUUUCUGUUUCCCGGUAUCCGUUAGUGCUGGAAUUUGCGAUUAAUACUUUUCUCAUUCCGAAACCGGAUUAGAUACAUACCCGGUAGUUAAAUGUCAAAAAUGAUUAUAUUCGCAAUGUCAUUAAACAACAACAACAUAAAUAGCUACUACAUUUUCGAAAUAUGAUUUUGUCAUCAGGUCAGUACCAUUUGUUUGAUUUUGUGGACCCACGACUAAACUUUUUCUAUGUUAGCUAGUUGCUAGCGACGCAAGUCAGCAUAGGCUGCUACGUGAUAAAUAGUUCGCGUUAGCGAAUUAGCUACCCAGCUAGCCAGCCUAACAAGCUGUCACAUCCAGUGGAAACCGAUGCAACCCUGCUGCCAAAUAAGGGCUAGCUCGAUGAUCCGUGGUAACGGAUUACUUCCACGUGCAACUGUCAGACGACAAGUAGGUGAGGCACUUCCGGGAGCUGAGCUAUGCUGGUGCCAUCCUUCGGGACAGCUGGGUCCUGACAGACGUUGGCAUCACCCCUAGCAGUGCCAUCUGCUGCCUGCUGAAGCGGGAGCCGGUGGUGCGUGUGUUCAGUGCCGUGAUGGGGGAGACCCUCUCAGUCUCGGGACACUGUGUUUCUCCUGAGUACGUCUGUGGCCAGGCUCAUGACCCUGGUGUCCCAGCAGUGUGGGCUUCCCGUCAGCUCCUUCAGACUGAGCUCUCCCACCGGCCUGCAACUCUACGACUGCAACCGGCUGCACGACUACGCCAUUGACCUGGGGGCUACUCUACGGUUGGACACCUGGGAUGGGUGGGCGGAGUUCCUCAGAGGCUGCUUCCUGGGACACAGACUGACCGUCCAACGACACCUGUCUAGGGAGAGACCUGUGAUGAGGUUCCAGCUCCGGGUGGCACUCUACAUCGCUGCUUCUCUGGGCCACCUGGACCUGGCCGGCUGGCUGCUGGAGAGGGGGGUGCUUGUCAUUGAACCGGUGGGGGUUCACCCUUACCGUGAGUGGUGCCACCAGACGGCCCACCCCGACGUCACCAAGUGUCCCGCUGUCGCCUCCAUCGAGCGUGGCCAGCUCACCAUCCUCAAACUCUUUAUCGCCAGCAGCGUUCUGACCCUUGCCUGUCGGGAUCCCCAGGGUCGUGACCCCCUGAGGAUCGCCCUUCAGUACGGCCACAGGGAGUGUGUGAGUCACCUGGCCACCAAGCUGUGCCCUGUGGUGGUCCUCCCAGGUAUGGCCCUGCCCAUGCGGACAUACCUCCAGAUAAAGGGCUGGGUGAGGCUGGGGCAGAGGAGGACAGCAUCUAGGCACUGCAUCAGCCCCAACAGGGCUCCGUUCAGGACCAGGGUGGGCGACACGGUCCUGGUGGACGGCUUCACACUCCCCAAGAUGUCCUCCAAGCCCAGGAGGAGUGAGGCCAAGGCCGGUAUCAGGGUGAUGUCCACAGCCUCUCGACGUUUGACCCCCAUCAACUGCCCAUCUCAUGUAUCCUGCCCGCUGCGCUCCCUGGCAUCCCAGGAUAAACCUCUUCAACUACCGAAGCUACACCCUGUGGCCACGAGGGAUGAAAGAGAGUUGAAGAGGGGAUGUGGAGGGAAGGGAUGUGAGGAGGAUGAGAGUGGGGAUCAGAACAGCAACCAAUGGAGGAGCAGAGUCCCGCUCCCGCCCAUUUCCAGAGACACCAAUCUCAGACCUGUGUUUGCCUCGCCAAACUCCGCCCAGAUACUCACCACCUCACUGGAGGCCUUUUCUCUCUCCACUGCGACCGCACACCCAGAGAAAACGCCAUAUACUGUUUGGCCUUGGCCAGGAUUACUUCCACGUGCAACUGUCAGAUGACAAGUAGGUGAGGCACUUCCUGGAGCUGAGCUAUGCUGGUGCCAUCCUUCGGGACAGCUGGGUCCUGACAGACGUUGGCAUCACCCCUAGCAGUGCCAUCUGCUGCCUGCUGAAGGUACCAGCCGAACACCUAGCUGUUUCUACCCGUGCUUGAAAAUGCAUAUCAAAGUGAGCUGGCUAUUGCUUGAAACAGCUUCAUACUAUCAUUAACAUAAAGUGUUUCAGAUAUAGUGUGAUGAUAUAUAGUAUGGUGAUAUAUAUAGCAUGGUGAUAUAUAGUGUGGUGAUAU